AUGGAUGCCGGCUGCGACAUGCCAGUAAGGAACGGCGGAAAGCGGCCCCUGGUCGGUGUAAUAGAUGAUGGAACAAAGACUGUCAGAUUUGUGAUAUAUGAAGCAGAGAAUACAGAUGAGCUAGUGUCGUACCAACUGGACAAAACCGAAGUUCAGCCCCAGGAGGGCUGGUCGGAGCAGGACCCAAUGAAAAUUCUACAUCAUAUCAGGAUAUGUGCCGAAAAUGCUAUUGAUCAGUUGCUUGAACUUGGUUAUUCGAAAGAGGACAUUGUGACAUUGGGUAUUACAAAUCAGAGGGAGACCACAAUUGCAUGGGACAAAUUCACGGGAGAGCCACUACAUCCUGCUAUAGCAUGGAACGACAUACGGACAGACAGCACAGUAGACGCCAUAUUAGCCAAGAUACCUGACCGAAACAAAAAUUAUCUGAAGAACAUCUGCGGCCUUCCCAUAUCUCCGUACUUCAGUGCUCUCAAAAUGAGAUGGUUAAAAGACAAUAUAAAAUCUGUAAGGAGAGCCAGUCGAGAUAAGAGGCUGUUAUUUGGUACUGUGGACUCUUGGAUUGUUUGGAAUCUAACUGGAGGUGUACACGGUGGUCUACAUAUCACUGACGUCACGAAUGCUUCUAGAACUCUGCUCAUGAAUUUGGAAACAUUAAAUUGGGACCCUAUGCUGUGCAGAUUAUUUGGUGUUCAUCGAGACUCAUUGCCACAGAUUAGGAGCAGCGCAGAAAUAUACGGAGUGGUGAAAAAUGACUCAAUAUUAGAUGGUAUCAGAAUAUCUGGGAUAUUGGGUAACCAGCAGUCAGCUCUAGUCGGUCAAAAUUGUUUACAAGCGGGCCAAGCUAAGAAUACCUACCGUAGCGGGUGUUUCCUGCUGUACAACACAGGAACUAGGCGAGUACAGUCAACGCAUGGACUUAUCACUACAAUCGCUUAUAAGUUAGGGCCGGACGCACCCCCAGUUUAUGCUUUAGAAGGUUCUAUCGCGGUGGCGGGCGGCGCGAUGAAGUUCCUGCGCGACAACCUGCACCUCAUCAAGGACGUGGCGCAGGACACGGAGCACAUCGCGGGGCAGGUGUUCUCCACCGGCGACGUGUACUUCGUGCCGGCCUUCAGCGGACUCUACGCGCCCUACUGGAGGAAGGACGCGCGGGGAAUCAUCUGCGGUCUGACCGCGUUCACGACUAAGAACCACAUCAUAAGAGCUGCCUUGGAAGCUGUCUGCUUUCAGACAAGAGACAUUUUGGAGGCAAUGCACAAAGACUGCGGUAUGCCUCUGUCGAAGCUCCACGUGGACGGCAGAAUGACCUCUAAUGACCUGCUGAUGCAGUUACAAGCUGAUCUCGUCGGUAUACCAGUGUUGCGGGCCCAGUCGUGGGACAUGUCAGCGCUGGGCGUGGGCGUGGUGGCGGGCGGCGCGGCGGGCGUGUGGCCGCUCGACGCCUUCCGCGCGCUCGCCACGCAGGCCGACACCUUCCUGCCCACCACCACCGACGACGAUCGCGAUGCGCGGUACACAAAAUGGAAGAUGGCUGUCCAGCGUUCACUCGGAUGGGCGACAACUAAAAAAUCUAUCACAAUGACAGGUCAGGGUAAAAGAAAAAUUAGCAUGGUAACACAACCAAGUAUAGACACGAACUCCCCACCUGACAGUAGGAAGAACUCGCUUAUAGAUAAUCACAUUCUAGACUUGAAAGUAGACAAAACUGGAGACGACGGCGUCAAUCCCUACGUCGAAGAGUUAAUCCAGUACUCGGCGCGAAAAUUUUCAAUAUUUGUACCUCUCAAACCGCGUAAAACCGAACCGACUAUUCUCGACGACGCGGAGUAUUUCAUGAGUAAGAAAGAGUGCGACUACGGUAUGUGCGAGUGUUGCCACACCGAGAAAAAGUUGCUAACUAACUGGGAGUCCAUUGAGGAGAUUAUAGAGAAUGAUCCGGAGAUUAUAUUCGAUUGUGAUGACAACCCCAUUAUGGUUGAACCGGUGAAGGUCACUGAACCUUUUUUAAAUACUAUCGGUUUCGGUGCUGCAUCGCUGACUAAAAAAAUUAAUUUUGAAAAGUUGCCCGGUCUGUUUAAAACUAUUUAUAAUAGAAUUGCCAAUAGCUCCCCCGAGUGA